CGGGGAGCGCCCGGGCCCAGGAGCCCCCUUCUCUCUGCCCCCGCGCACGCCGCCGCGCUCCGCCCCGCCACAGAGUCCCCGCCGGGCGAGAGCGGAUCCACAUCCGGGUCCCGCCGCGCCCAAGGCCCGAGCGGCGCCGUCUCUGAGGGACGGGAUUGGAGGCGGGGAAGGGGCGCCUCGGCCGUCAGGGGGGCUCGGCUUGGGAGAGUCGCGGGAUGGGGAAAGAAAGGAGAAGGAAACCGAUCUCUAAGCGUCUCCUUACGGCGCUGGGGCAGUGCGCAUGCGCACGGCUCCGUGAACCUAACGCAGCCUGAAGAGCUGAAGGGGUGGGUCUCUGGAGCGGACUCCUGCUGGUACGCCGCACCCCAUUGGCUGCGAGGGAAUGGGCGGGGCCGGCGGGGAGGUGGAGCGGAGGAAGUGAGGCUGACUUGGCCGUCUGCUUGCAGGACUGCACCGCAGGGGGUCAGUCUUAAAGGGAAGCGCUUCCAGGUGUUCUGA